GACCGUCAGGAGCGGUAAUUCGUAAAAUAUGUUUUUGAUUGAAUUCUCAUCUCUCUACUCAUCUCUGAUUCGACUAUCAUGUUAAGACACGACGCGACGCACUAAUCGUGGUGAUACUAUCGUGUUGCAAUGUGACUAUGUGAAAGCUAACCUAUAAUAAAGCUAACCUAACGUGGAAGCUAACCUAUAUCUAAAAAUCAAUAUUUUAAUGUUUCUGCUAUGGGUACUCCAAUAUUAACAAAACAACAACAGAGACAGUCAUUGUCAGCGAAAAAAGGAUCAGUCAAAGGAUUACGAAAUGUCUUAGCACAACCACAAGAUAGUUAUUGGCCAAUUGUUGAUGAAGAAAAGCGUCCAUUGUUGGAAGAUGUUUUAAACAAAUUAAUGCCAUCUAUAAAACGUUCGUCUAAAUUGAUUCCAUGGUCACAACUUAGGCAUAUGAAGAAAGAAGAACGUAUAAAAGCCAAAAAAGAAGCGCUUCUAAAACAAGAAAAUGUUCCUAAUUCGGACUUAGUAAAUUCUGUGAUCUUGGGCAUAAAUAAUAUCACAAGAUCUUUGGAAAAAAACAAUGUCUGUUGUACUCUAAUGGAUGCGAACAUUUCGCCGCCACUUUUAAUAAAGCAUGUUAUUUAUAUGGCACAAAAUAAGAAAAUACCAGUGCUAUUGUUGCCUAAAUUGAAAACUGUAACAUUAAAUACCAUAGGAUUUGCAUCUGCUGCAUGUGCCUUGAAGAAUUUCGUGAUGGAUUCUACAGAUCAUCAUUUUCAUCCUCUGUAUACAACAAUAUGUGAUAUCUUUAAGGAUGUGCCUUUACCAAAAAAUAGGCUCCAAUUAUUCAAAGAGAUUGAAACAUUAGAACAGAGUAGAUCAGAUAAAGAAGACAGAAGGAGCGUUGAGAGUGAAUCUCCAGUCUCCUCGGAACCAAUUAAACAUACGGUAUCUACAAAUGUAUAUAUGUAUAGAUCUUCACGCAAAGAAAGGGCAUUUGUUCCACCUAGCAUAACAGAAAGUUCCACCAAUGAGCCCAUUGUGAAAAAAGAGGAACAAGAUAAUUUUAUUUCUUUAACUAAUUAUGAUUCCGAUGAAUUCGAUACAAGUAUAAAGAAACAUACGAGAUAUACUAAUAUUCAUGAAGAUCAGUAUCCGACAAAACGAAAAAAGUUUUCGAGAGUUACUAAUACAUCUGCAAAUGUUAAAUAUUUACCUUUAAAAGUCAAACGCUUACAGGGUAACGUUAAUCGUGCAAAAGCGGGGAAAGUUUCCAAACAUAAAAAGUAAUGUCGCAUCAUAUACUUUAUGAAUGUAACCAGAGAAUUUGUUAUCUUACAUGUUAAUAAAUAUCGAAUAUAUAAAUACA